AAGAAAAAGGAUAGUCACAACUCACAAAGCUACUACUAGCAGUCGGCAGCAGUAAAGAAUCAACCGGCGAAAAUCCGUUAAACCAAUUUCUGUCCGUUUCCUCAGAUUCUGAAGUGUGUGGAUAUGCAAUCACUUCUUCUCCCGGCGGUACACGCCGGCGUCUCGUCCGCCAUGGCGGUGGGAUUGAACCCGUCUCGCCUUCAUUUCCGAUCACGGGGGCCACUGUUGUCUGCUGAUUCCGUGUUACCUUCGCAAAAGCCCACGGCGCAGCAGUGCUCGCCCUCAUUUCUCUCCCGUUCGCCGUUAACCUAUGAUCCUCUUGGAAGCAGGGGCUGCAAGUUAUCUUUCUCGUCGAAGAUUGCUGCUUCCGCCCCAGUCUCUGCUGCUUACACUUCCCCAACUGAUGAAUCGGAGAGAGCCAAACUUGCCCAGGUAGCUAAGAGGUUGGAGAACACAUCCAGGCGUUUCAAGCGGUUUGGAAGUAUAGGUUUUUGGGGGCAGCUGAUUGCCACGGUGGUGGCCGCUGUGAUCCUUUCCUUUUCGGUCGUUGCCACUGGCAAAAUAUCGUCGCCUGCAAGUUUCUAUUCAACCGCUGGUGGGAUAGCAGCAGCUUUUAUUUCAGUGUUCUGGUCUUUUGGGUAUAUCCGGCUCUCUGAGAAGCUCCGGAGGACUGCGAAUGAGCCUUCUAAGGCACCACCUCGGGCUGAGGUCGUAAAAGGCUUGAGAAAUGGCAUAAUCUUGAAUCUGAUGGGCAUGGGCGCUGCUGUUCUUGGCAUGCAAGCCACAGUAGGGACAUUGGUAGCCAAGGCAUUGACUUCUUCUGCAAACCCUUACCAGGGGGUCUCUACAGGAUACAGUCCAGUUCUUGCAUUGGACGUUUUCUUGGUGCAGGCAUCAGCAAAUACAAUCCUCUCUCACUUCCUCGGGCUUCUCUUCUCCCUAGAGCUGCUGCGAUCCGUUACACUACCACCUUCAGAAGCCACUCCAGUACCUAAGCUUGCAUAAAUCAUAUGAUGUAAACCAUUUUCAGGUAGGCAAUCAAGAGUUUUUGUCAGGUCGAAUCAUUGAAGUUUGUAAUAUUAGAAACUCCAGUUGUGUUCAACGGAAUAAGUUCCAGUAUGUGUACUUUGCAAACCUAAGAACCUUGCUCGUGAAGUUUGAACUUCCCAGACCUUCAGCCAAUGUGCAUAAAUUGCAAUUCUCCUUUCUGCUUCAAUAUGUGAAAACAGAGAACCUCUAUUGGAAAUAAGAACAAAAAUCAUUCUGUUUCUUCAGGAGAGAAAACUUUGCAAUAUGAAGGUACAGAUAACAGAAUCCAACAAAGCUAUAUUUUUUGACAAACUCAAUUCAAACAUAACAAUCAAUAUAUGAUAGAAUAUACAUACAUACAUGAUUCAUAUACUCACCAAGACAUUAACAAUAUCUCUAUAUACAAAACCAGAAACUUUGAUACCACACACACAAACAAUCAAUUGUGAAUUCAAUUAGCAUCAGACCAGGUGAUAUCCAGAUCACCC